UUUUAUAAUUCGAUAAAAGUUUUUUUUCAAUUAAUUAAUUAUAUUGUUGAGGGUUUAACAUCAUGGCUGCCGAAAUUAAACCAGCCCAGCGAAGCAUUAACGAUCGUUUCAGCACGUCAAAGAAACCGGAGUUGCUUAGUAAACUGGAGGGUAGCACCGAUGAUAUUAAUGCUGCAAUCUUAAUUCCGGGAGAAAAUGGAGUGAUAAGCGUCUCGGAUGACAAAACUGUUCGUGUAUGGCUUAAACGAGAUUCUGGGCAGUAUUGGCCUAGUAUCUGCCAGUAUAUGCCCUCUGGUUGCACGGCCCUAGAGUAUAUCCAAGAAUUCCGUCACUUGUUUAUCGGUCAAGAAAAUGGAACAGUCACUCAAUACUUGCUUUCCGAAGACUGCAACCGUUUAUCAUUCAUACGUGAUUAUCUGUCCCAUCAGGCUCGAGUCGUUGCAGUUGUGUUUACAAAAACUCACAACUGGGUUUUGUCUGCGGGAAAGGAUAAGCAAUUUGCCUACCAUUGCACCAAAAGUGGAAAAAGAGUGGGCGGAUAUAAUUUUGAAACGCCGUGCACUGCACUUCAGUUUGAUGCACUGGCAAAGUAUGCUUUUAUUGGCGACCAUGCUGGUCAAAUAACAAUGCUUCGAUGCGAUGUUCAAGGGGUACAACUUAUCACUACAUUUAAAGGUCAUACUGCUGAAAUUCGAUGUUUGAGAUGGGUAGAAGGUCCACAGCUACUCUUUAGCGGUGCAUGCGACCAGUCUGUGAUAGUUUGGGAUGUCGGUGGAAAACGAGGCACCAUAUACGAAUUGCAAGGGCACAGUAAUAAAGUGUCGGCUCUUGCUUACGCGAAUCAAACACAACAGUUAAUAAGCUGUGGGGAAGAUUCAGUAGUAGUAUUUUGGGAAAUGAAUGCAAUGCGAAAAGAAGUUCCAGGAUGGGUCGAGUCAAACAACUGUCAGCUUUGUUCAAGACCCUUUUUUUGGAAUUUCCGCUCAAUGAUGGACCAAAAACAACUAGGAAUUCGACAGCAUCAUUGUCGACAUUGCGGUAAAGCUGUUUGCGAUAAUUGCUCCACCAAUCGCAUUAAUAUACCAAUCAUGGGCUUUGAGUUUGAUGUGCGGUGCUGUGAUCCUUGUUACAAACAACUCCAAACCGUCGAACGACCUUCCUUGGCUUCAUUUAAUGAUGUAAAACACUCAAUUGUUCAUAUGGAUCUCGAUGAGGACCGAAAACUUCUUUUAACGGUUGGCCAAGACAGACUAAUAAAAGUAUGGGAUCUUUCUAAUAUUUGGGCAUAAUAAACAGAUAUAUAUUAAAUAAUAUA